AUGCCGCAGACCGAACAUCACACUUUAGGCAUCAAAAUCACACCUUUACCAGAGAGUAACGUUGACGGCAUCAUCAACAUUAAUGAGGAGGCCGAAGUGUCUCUGGUCUGCGAGCACCAGACCACCUCCGAGACUGAAGACGACGAGCUCGUGUGGCUCAGGAAUGGAAUGACCGUUCAGCUCAAAGAAGAAAACAGGAAUGGAAGGAGCGUCGUGUGCAUCUCUCCUGCCAUUAGAGCAGACAAUGAGGCCACAUUCGAGUGUCACCUUCGCAAAAAUCGGACACUGGCGGACUCUGUCACCCUGCACGUCAAAUAUGAACCGAAGCUCUCGGGCUCAGAGGACGUCUCAGUCGAGGAGAAAGAAACACUGGUUCUGCGGUGUGACAUUCAGGCCAAUCCACCGGUGUUAUCCGUGGUGUGGACACUCAACGACACCAGAGUGGAACUGACGGCCGGCGGCUUCACUGUGUCCACGGACAGCUUCACCAGCCAGUUAAGAGUUAGCGAUGUGAAGGAAAGCAUGCACCGGGGAACGUACAAAUGCACGGCAGAUGGAAAACACAGCAAGACAUUCCAUGUCACAGUGACAGAGAGCACGAUGAAGUUCCCGCUGUACCCCAUCAUAGCAGCUGCGGUGGUGGUGUUCCUCACUCUGCUUCUUGCCUUUGUUUCAAGAUUGAAAAAAAUCAUAGCGGAGAAGAGAGGUCAUUGA